AUGAUUCAUCCUCAUUGGACCCAACUCCUACAAUGGCUUGAUAUACCAGCACCCCCAGUCUCUCCUAAAGAAUCUGCUCGUACUGGUUAUGCCCUGGUUGCCGACAGACCAUUAACUCCCAAUCAACCUCUCUUCACCAUCGAUACGGAUAAAAUCCUCAAUAUUAAGACUCUGACACCGCUCUACCCAAAUCAUCGCUUGUCCGCUACCCAGCUAAUCGCUUUACAUCUGGUUCUGAGUCGCGCGAACAAAAGAGAAUUCGGUCCUUAUGUCGCGACUUUACCCACCAACUUCGACUUCCAUCCGCUAUCAUGGUAUACAGAAGGAUCAGAGCGUGCAUUAUACCUGCCACCAAGUCACGCAAACUCCUUGAAGAUGUUAGCAGUCCGUUUUUGCAACGAUCGUGAGGCCAGCUAUCGCUAUAUGGUAGAUUCGGGGCUUGCCAUCGGACUACCAAGAGACGAGAUGAAUGCUCGCUACCUCUGGGCUUGGCUUUGCGUCAACACAAGAUGCAUUUUUCACCACUUGAACGAGGCUUGCUCCGAUCCUGACAACCUAUCUCUUGUACCGAUUCUUGAUUUUGCAAACCAUACAAUACGUUUGCCCUCGAUGACUCCGCAGGACAAGACAUCCCAAAUUUGCCAUGGAGCCUCACGGACUUGCAAGGCAGGAAGUUUUACACUACUUGCUCCUGCAGAUAUCCCCACAGGAGUGGGUGAAGAGCUCUAUCUCAAAUAUGGUUCUCACUGCAACCGAGUUUUGUUCGUAGAAUAUGGCUUUGUUCUCCGUCGUUCCGAAACUGAACAACCUCAUUGCGAGGUGGAAGUGGAUGACUUGGUCGAGUCCAUGUUCGAAAAACAAGGAAGAUUUGGUAAGUGGGCGAAAAAUAUCCUGCAGGCACACGACUAUUGGAAAGACUAUACACUACAUGUCGCAUACCCUUCCUUUAGACUGGUCACAGCCCUGAGACUUCAUGCAAUGCUCCUCGUUCGGCAUAAGACGAUCGCAGUUGGCGAUGAAAAAUUCCUUUCCCCUUGGCUAGCGACCAUUACAGGACAGAGUGACCGGAUUUCCACGGAAAUUGAGUCCCAGUGGUUGACAACUCUUGUGGACAAGAUAUGCCAACCGAUUAUCACUAGGGCAGAGAUCGGCUUGAACAGGCUGAGGGGAAAGGAGGGAUUAGGACUGGAUGAUGUGAAAGUUCUGUGGGAGGAAGAGAUGUACAUAGUACAGUGUAUCUGCGAAAACGUACGCAACGGCGGUGAAUUGUAUAUUUAA